CUUUCUCCCUCUCUUUAGUUCAUUUAUAUAUCAAUUAAAUCUUCAUUUCAUUUGUAUCAUUCACUCAUGUCGCUGCAGAAGAAGAAGAAUAACAAAAACACCGAUCAACAAAACGAAACCAAGAAAGAUCAUGAAACCAAAACGACACCAACUACAGUCGUAUUGAAAAUUGACAUGCAUUGCGACGGUUGCACUUCCAAAAUCAUCCGCUGCCUUCGCGGCUUCCAAGCAUUGAAAUUGACCCUUCCUGUUGAAGGCGUUGAGAAGUUGGACGUAGAGAAAGACACCGGAAAGUUGACCAUCACCGGCAAAGUUGAUCCUGCUAAACUCAGAGACAAACUCGCUAGUAAGAUGAAGAAGAAAGUCGAUCUCAUUUCUCCACUUCCUAAGGAAAACAAAUCUCAAAACGACAACAAAAACAAACCCGACGACAAAAAAUCCAAACAGAAGGAGCCACCGGAGACGACGGCGGUUUUGAAGAUGGAGCUACAUUGUCAAGGUUGUAUCGAGAGAAUUCGCAAAACCGUGUCGAAGGCGAAAGGUGUUUAUCACGUGGAAAUUGAUAAGGAAAAAGAGACGGUAACGGUUAAAGGAACAAUGGACGUGAAAGCAUUAGCGGGAAGUUUGACGGAGAGACUUAAGAGGAAGGUUGAGGUGGUCCCUACAAAGAAGGAAAAAGGGAAUGAGAAAGACGGAGACAAGAAAGAGAAAGACGGAGACAAAAAAGAGAAUGACGGCGGCAAGAAGAAUAAACAGAAAGGUGAAGGUGGAGGAGGAAAUAAGAAGGGUGAGAAUGACGGUGGUGACGGCAAGGGUAAAAUGGAGAAUUUGACCCCUGGAUGUGGAUAUGGAUACGGUUAUGGUUAUAGUUUUUUUGGUUAUGAAGAUGGUGGUUAUAACAAUGGGUCAGUUAACAUGAUGCAGUUGAAUGCACCGCAGAUUUUCAGUGACGAAAAUCCGAAUGCGUGUUCGGUUAUGUGACUGAGGCUUUGGGUGCAAGCAAGUUUAUUUCUAUUUUAUGUUUUAAAAUAUUUUUCUAGGUUGGGAAAAGAGUAGGUAAAUUUGGUGCUUAAUAGAAAGUGUUUUAUUAUAUGGUUA